AUGCUCGAGGUUUUGGAGGUGCCGUGGACGGUGGUCGGUGGUAAGGCGGCUGGCGGGUGCCCGGGGCCGCCGCGGAGACAGGCGCUGCAAAGCAGCUUGGCGCACCCCAAGGCGGCCACGCGGUCGCCGGGGGCGGGAUGCAAGAAGUGCAAUUCCGGUGCGAGCGGCCCGCGGCGCAACGGCGCGCGGGCGCGGAGCAAGGAGGAGGCGGUGGUGCCUGCCGCGUGCACUGGCGUUGUCGCCGUCGCGCCAGCGGAGCCGCCGCCGGUGUCGAGCAAGGGGCUCGAGCUCUGCCGCCGUCCGGGGUUCGGGAAGGCGGGCACGCGCUGCGUGGUGAAGGCCAACCAUUUCCUCGCGGAGGUCGCCGACAAGGACCUCACCCAGUACGACGUCAAGAUCACGCCGGAGGUGAGGUCGCGGAGCGUGAGCCGGGCCAUCGUGGCCGAGCUGGUUCGCCUCUACCGCGCGUCCGACCUCGGCAUGCGCCUCCCGGCCUACGACGGCCGCAGCAACCUCUACACCGCCGGCCGCCUCCCCUUCGACGCCCGAGAGUUCGUCAUACGCCUCGCCGUCGACGACGACGGCGUCUCCAGCGCCACCGUCCGCUGUACCUGCAGGGAGAAGGAGUACAAGGUGGCCAUCAAAUUCGCUGCCGGCGCCGACCUGCGCCACCUCCGGGAGUUCAUGGCGGGGCGGCAACCCGAUGAGCCGCAGGGGGGCCUACAGGUCCUCGACGUCGUGCUGCGGGAAGUCGCUAGCCAGAGGUACCUCUCCGUAAGGCGGUCGUUCUACUCGCCGGACAUUAGGACGCCGCAGAGGCUCGGCGAUGGCUUGCAGUCGUGGUUCGGCUUCUACCAGAGCAUCCGGCCGACCCAAAUGGGAUUGUCACUCAACAUCGACAUGUCGUCCACGGCAUUUGUCGAGCCGCUGCCGGUGAUCGAUUUUGCGGCGCAGAUCCUGGGGAAGGAUGUCAUGUCAAGGCCGUUGUCGGACGCGAACCGAGUCAGGAUAAAGAAAGCUCUACACGAUUUGAAGGUCGAAAUCACUCACCGGGGAAGUUUAAGACGGAAAUACCGUGUCUUCGGCUUGACAGCGCAACCAACUCAUGAGCUAAUUUUCCCAAUUGACGAUGAAGUGAAAUCGGUUGUAGAGUACUUCAAGGAAAUGUAUGGUUUCACCAUAAAGCAACCACAUCUUCCCUGCCUUCUUGUAGGAAACCAAAAGAAGCCAAAUUAUCUACCAAUGGAGGUCUGCAAGAUUGUUGAAGGUCAGAGAUACAAGAAGAGGUUGAAUGAAAAGCAGAUCACAUCAUUACUGAAAGUUACAUGCCAAAGGCCUGGAGACAAGGAAAUGGAUAUUCGACGGACCGUUCACAAAAAUGGAUAUGAUCAAGAUCCCUAUGCGAAGGAAUUUGGGAUAAACAUAAGCGACAAACUCACCUCUAUUGAAGCAAGAGUUCUGCCUGCACCCUGGCUAAAAUAUCAUGAUACCGGAAAAGAGUCAGAGUGCUUACCUCGUGUUGGCCAAUGGGACAUGAAAAACAAGAAAGUUGUCAAUGGAUGCACUGUGAAUCAUUGGGCAUCCAUUAACUUCUCAAGAAGUGUUCAAGAAAGCACUGCCAGUGGAUUUUGCCAGGAGUUAGCCCAAACGUGUAAACUUUUAGGCAUGGAGUUCAACAGCGAGCCUGCUAUACCAAUGUAUUCGGCUAGACCAGAGCAAGCAGUACAGGCGCUUAAGCAUGUGUAUAACGCUGCACUGAAAAAACCCAAGGGAAAGGAGCUUGAGCUUCUUUUGGUAAUCCUCCCUGACAACAAUGGUGCAUUGUAUGGUGACAUAAAGCGCAUUUGUGAGACCGAAUUGGGAAUAAUGUCACAGUGCUGCUUAGCAAAGCAUGUAUUUAAGAUCUGCAAACGAUACCUGGCGAAUGUCUCACUCAAAAUCAAUGUUAAGAUGGGGGGAAGAAAUACCGUACUCUUGGACGCGGUAAGUCGGAGAAUCCCAUUGGUCAGUGAUGUACCGACAAUAAUAUUUGGUGCGGAUGUAACGCAUCCUGAAACCAGAGAGGACACCAGUCCAUCAAUUGCUGCGGUUGUUGCUUCUCAAGACUGGCCAGAAGUUACAAAGUACGCUGGAUUGGUGUGCGCUCAAGCUUAUCGGCAAGAGCUCAUCCAGGAUCUCUACAAAACAUGGCAUGAUCCUCAGCGAGGCACUGUCACCGGAGGCAUGAUCAGGGAGCUUUUAAUUUCCUUCAGGAAAGCCACAGGGCAGAAACCAUUGAGAAUAAUCUUCUACAGGGACGGUGUCAGCGCAGGACAGUUCCAUCAAGUAUUACUUUACGAGUUAGAUGCCAUCCGCAAGGCUUGUGCAUCUUUAGAACCAAAUUACCAACCUCCAGUGACGUUUGUGAUAGUCCAAAAGCGUCACCAUACAAAACUAUUUGCAAACAACCACAACGAUAAAAGCAGCACCGACAAGAGCGGAAAUAUCCUGCCUGGCACCGUUGUUGAUUCAAAGAUAUGCCAUCCCACACAGUUUGAUUUCUACCUCUGCAGCCAUGCUGGAAUCCAGGGCACCAGUAAGCCAGCACAUUAUCAUGUUCUGUGGGACGAGAACAAUUUCAUGGCGGAUGAAAUGCAGACUUUGACGAACAACCUUUGCUACACGUAUGUGCGUUGCACACGAUCUGUUUCUGUCGUGCCGCCUGUUUACUACGCUCAUCUAGCCGCAUUCCGGGCACGUUUCUACAUGGACCAAGAUAGCCUCUCGGUGAAGAAUGCCAACGGGAGGAAUGGAGGCGCCAUGAAGACUAUGCCGGCAGUGAAAGAGAGGGUGAAGAGGGUGAUGUUCUACUGCUGA